GCCACUAGGGCCUUCACGACGACAACAUCAACAGACAACACACACCCAACAGCACUACACUAUUUACUCUUGCCCGCCAUGCCUCUCGGAACCCUAUCACUCAAGGCUGAAGCCAACCCCAUCUUCGCACCACCGUACCCCAAGCAUCACGACCCCUACACCUUCUCCAUCGACAAGGUCCUGAGCAUCUCAUACCGCGUGGCCGCAUCACAGGUCCGCCACCUGGUGCCCGACGUCCUGGAGCUCGAGGACGAGCCGCUGGUGACGACCAUGUUCCUCGAGUACGGCAUGAGCUCCGUAGGCGUGUACAAGGAGUUCGGCCACAACGUCGAGGUGCGGCACCCGGGGACCGGCGAGAAGUUCCGCUACAACAUCAUCCUCAUCCUCGACAACGAGUCGGCCAUUUUCGCCGGGCGCGAGCAGUACGGGUUCCCCAAGGUUUUUGGCCGGGCUGACAUCAAGACCGAGAACGGCACCCGCUUGAUCAUGGCCAACACCGAGCGCCCAGCCGGUAACACCCUCGUCGAGGCCGAAUUCAUCCCGGACACGAGGCUGCCCGACUCGGCCGCCGCAGCCGCCGCCGCCGCGUCCGGGCAGCAUUGGUUCCUCAACCUCCGCACCAUCGAGCAGCCACACCCGGGCUGCGCGCCGCAGAUCCUCGAGCUGGUCCCCGUCGGCUUUGAGAUGAAACCCGCUGAGGUCUGGACGGGCAAGGGCAACCUCCACUUCCCACGCAGCUCCGCCCAAAACCCCUGGUGUGGGCUGGACGUGCUGCGGUACGAAGGCAGCAUUUAUUUGAAGAACGUCACUGCUGUACUCAAAGUUCGUGGAAGCUUGCCCAUGUGA